AUGGCCAAGUCCGCCACGACCAAGAACAUCGCCCGCGAAAUGAAGAUGCACAUCAAGCUUGGCCACGCGUUGGCGUGGAGCAAGCAAACAGACCAAGGCCGCACCACCAUGCUCCAUGGCCGCGAAUGGCAAGUGGCCUUGCCCCCAGCGACUGUAGCAUCAGCAGCUCCUGCCACCACCACAACCCCCUCGCAACGUGGGGAUGUGCUGCCCGAAUCGGUGGAGACCCCGGUGCAUAUCUCUUUGGCCGCCGCGGCCCUCUUGGACUCCAUCAUUCCUGCCAUCGAGCAACCCCUUGCUUCACCGGCGCACGACCCAACCAUUAAUACCAUUUAUGAUAUGCAGCAAACUUGA